AUCUGAUCUGCCUGGGGAGAUUUGCGCCACUGAAGAGGCAGAAGACGCCGGAGACUUCCUCGGCCAUGAGCGCAUUAUCCACCUCACCGCCCAUUCAUCGCCUUGAACUCAUCACCGUCGCCGCUCCGCCCUCCCUCAGCAGCCUCUUGCAUCAUACAGACAAGAUCUCGCGCGGCCUUCUCGUCGGAUGGGCCCACAAGAGCACCGCAAUGAGCAAUGAGGGGACGGGAGGCAGUGCCGUGACAACGUGGCACAUCCUCGCCGUCUUCACACACGCUGCCGAUGUGAGUGAGGAAGGGAAUCGUUGGGAAAGGCAGAGGCGAGAGUGACAUGGGUUCGUGUGUGUGUGAAUGUGCAGGAAGAGGACGGGAACAGGCCGGAGCGGCCAGCAGACGAGGAUGCUCGCGAAGUGGACGGCGAGAUGGCCGUUGUCGGCGAGUGGCGGGCGCCAACAUCGGCAGCAGACCAAACGGAGGACGGCCGCGAAGCAAUCAUAUCUCACGGUAAGAAGCAGCACAAGACUUAGUUCUGCACGUCCUUAUCUAUCGCCUGCUGUGCAGGCUGCCGCUCUCUGCCGUGGUUAACCCUCCGUGUGGCCGCCUCUUGCCACGGUGCAAACGGUCUUCUUCCUGUACGCGUCGAGUGAGUCAACAGACAUCUGCAGCCAAGAUAUCCUGUAGAUAUCGUUCUUUUGCUUUCGUUGCAGCUCGUUGAUCGUCCCCCAAUCUUCUUCCGACCACCCCGUGGCUGUCAUGCCCCCGGAUGACCAGUGCAGCAUCGCAUUCAUCGACCCCCAGACCAAUCUCACACACUGGCCCUUGACCCCUCCCAAUCCGCCGCCACCUUCCGGCCUAUCGCCCCCCUUCAUCCCGCCCACCAUUAGACGCCAUCUGCGCAGCGCCGUCGAUUUGUCAGCCAGUCUGGCGACCACAGACAACAGCACAGCAACCGUCGAGAGUCCAAGCCCGCCUGCCCUGCUCGGCUGGGAGGCCUUCGUUCUGGUCUGCGGGGCUCGCUUCAUGGGCGCUGCAUCGUCGAUAUGCUCCAAGACGGAGCGUAUCAUCCCCGCGUCGCUUCUGGCUGCCCGCGUCAGCGGCUUCUUUGCUUCGUUAUCGUGGGACGCACAUGAGAGGGAUAAGAGGGCGGCCAUCGGCUAUCGGCCCAUGUGUGUGCAGCAGGCGAUGGCCAAGUGGCAGUUGUGCAGUCAGUGGGCUGGAGGAGAGCAUCAUCAGAGCGGCGGACGGGAAACGGCCCAACGGAUGAUCGAACAAGGCAUGUAAGGCGACGCACAGACACAGCCACGCAGAAGGACUGUGUGUCUUCGGUAUGGUGUUCUCAGGUGGCGUGAUUCUGCCUGGUUGAGUCGGGCGGCCACGAAGGUCUCGCUGCGGUGGGUGGCUCUCGACAUGCUCAUGGGCAUCACCAUCGGCAUGGCCGUCUGGUGCUAUGGAUCGACACGGGACGGCCCCAUACUGUCGACCCUGGCGAGACUCUACGCAUUCACCGAACCCGACGGCCUCAGGUAGGCCAGCCUGCCGGCAGCAGUGGAGAGGACAAGAGCACGAGAUGUGUGCAUCCAUGCCAUUCGUCCUCGUGUGCAGGCGUCAGCUGGAAUGGUUGAUGGUUGCCCCUCUGGGCGUCAAGGUGAACCGGUCGGUCGGCGGAUUCCUCGGCGGACUCAUGCUCACAACCAUCGAACUAUGGUCAGCUGGGAAAGAGAGAGAGCGCAGAGCGCAUCAACGGAAUGGGCGCAUCCUUCCAUUUGAACAGGGGCGAUUUGACGGGCCAUCUGGCGGCGUACCUGCCGGCACUGGUGAGAUUGGUGGGCCUGUGUGGUGUUGCGGGCCUUGGCGUGUCAUUCCAGCUGGCCAUGGCCAUCGACAUCCUGACAAUCGCCACACUACACGUACGUACAAGGAUGCUCACAAUCGCCACGCUGCACGUACGAAAGGCACCAUCACAGCGAUGCACCAAUGGCCAGUGUGCAUCCUUGCAUGUGUGUGUUGCGUGUGCGCAGUUGUGUUAUAUCUAUGUCGGCUUGGCGCGUCUAUGGAGCGUCUCGAUCAGCUGCAUUUUCGCACUCUCGAGGCUUUUCAGGUGCACUGACCACACAGACACGCACACACACCCAGACGGAGACCAGGAUGUGUCUAUGUGUGUGUGUACUAUUGGGUGCAGGGGCGUCAAGUGGAAUGUGUUGCGCGAGCGCGUGGACAGCUGUGCGUAUGACCUCGAGCAGCUUAUUGUGGGCACUCUGCUCUUCACCGUGCUGACCUGCCUGCUCUCCACACACAUGGUCUUCUACAUCGCAUUCCUCAUCAUAUGGAUCAGGGCAUCGGGUCAGCAGCUAGCACAGGCGCAACACACACCCGUGUUAUCUUUGGGUAUGUAUGCAUUCAGGUCCCUUAUUACUGCUGCAGUCUCUGCUGGUGGUGGUCAACAGCCUCCCCCUUGCAAGCCUCUCUUGCUUUCAGCCCCCGUGUGCUGUCAGCCUGGCCAGCGGCGAGGCCAUUGCCACCGACGGACCCCUCCUGCUGCCAUCCCCAGCACAGCCGACACGCGACGAAGGACAUCAGGUGGCCACAGACACAACCGGGGAUCAGUCGGGGUGGCCAUCGCUGCGACAGAGACGACACAGUGGGAAUGACCAGUCUCGCCCAGAGACGCAAUCAGCUGCCGGAAGCUCUUCCACAGCCGCUUGCCCGCCUCCUGGUGUGUGUGGCGGGGUGUGUUGGAUGAUCCGAUGUGUGCGGCCGUCCCUGGCGAGACGCAUGAGCGCACUGCUGGAGGCCUGGACCCGAACACUGCGGCACGCCAAGGCACACACGCUCAUCAGGUGAGAAAAACGCAGUACAUUGGUGGGAGAGAGCUCAUGUGUCUGUUGUGUGUGGGCGUGUGUGCAGGUCGUGUUUGUGUGGCCGUGUGGUGUAUGCGCUCUUCAGCUGUGCAGAUGGCAUUGCCGUCCUCGCCGAGUGCAUUUGAUCGAGAGAGACUUUAGUUUCGGGAAGCCAAUAACCUUGGUACCUACCUUAAGAGACCUAAUCUGUUCGAAUGUCGGCUGUGCUGUAUGUUGAGAGAUGACACGAGCCAGUGCAUGACAGACAAGUGAGAAGGCUACGCACAGAUGGAAAGAAAUUGUCA